AUGGGGAUAGGGAGUUCAAAGCUCAAUCCACAAAGGGAGGCGGUACCAACCAAACUCCGUCCUAUCAUUCGCCGUUUUUUUGAGCAGAUGAGACGACGUAGACAUGCUGACAUGUCCAAGAAAGAACUACUUAAAAAAGAGGUGGUAGACGAUGAAAAUUCUCAGGCUCAAUCUCUACAAGACAAGGAGAGAAAGAGCACAAACUCUUCAUUGGAUGGGACUGUGCCAAUAACAAAGGAAACACCCAAGACUCCUCUUCUACCUGAAGAGGAUAGCAAGAGCAACACCUCUUCAUUGAAUGAGACUGUACCAAUUUCAAAGGAAACGCCAGUGGAGGAAAAGAAAUUGGAAGUGUCACCCGUGCCGGAGUCUGAGUUUGAACGUGACACAAGUAAAAAGCCUAAGGAGCAUAAAGACGAGAAAUAUGCAAAAAAGAGUGGAAAGGAUUGUAAAGACGGAAAAGAAGAAAAAGAAGAGGACAAGGUGGUUGAGAAGACUGUGGUUAUAGAGGAUAAGGUUGUGGUGGUGGAACAAACAAUGGCGGGUGAGGAAGAGGAAGAAGAUGAGGAGGAUGAGAAUGAUAAGGUUAGAUAUGUAUCCCCUGGAUCACCAAGUUUUAGGGUAUAUUGUGUCCCAUAUGAAGAUAAUAACGAGGAGGAGGGUAAGGAGGACAGCUUGUACACAAAAUGUCUCAGUGGUGAGAGUGCUGAGAGUGCAGAGAGUGUUGUAUCAGUGACUUCUGAUGACGCCCAGGAGACAAAGACAAAGAAGAAAACAAAUAGAGGAAGGCGAUUCACAAAAGCCAUACGAAGGACUGGACCUGUAAAGAAUUUGUUGAAUGUGAAAUCAUGCUACUACCCGAGUUGCUCUGGAAAUGAAAGAGCUCGUCUUCUUGCAGAAAAAGCUUGA